CGGCCCGUGACGUAGCGCAGUGCCCCGGAUGCCCUUGGUUAGUGUUAGUGCAGCCAUGCAUGAGUCCGGGGGAUGCGCCCAUUUAUCCGCUGAGACUGCUGCUGUGUGCGGGUGCUGGGAGCAGGGGUUGGGCAGCAGUAGCACUCGGGCGGGAUGCCAUUGAGUGACAGAUAAGUGCAGGCCCCGCUGCGAGCAAGCUUUACGGCAUGUCCGUGUGUAUGCGCAGACUGAUCACCAGCACCCGGGGCUUCCUGUGGUCCGACGUCGAGACCCGCGCCUUGUUAGACAUAUGGGGAGAGGCCGACGUACAGUCCGCGCUUGACGGCAAUUUCCGUAACAGCCAUGUGUACCGGGACGUGGCGGGGCGCUUAGGGGAGAUGGGCUUUGAGCGCACCCCGGAGCAAUGCCGGAUUCGGAUCAAGGGCCUGAAGCGCCAGUACUACCAGGCCCGGGAGGGUCUCAGGAAGAAUGGGCAAGCGCGCAAGAUCUGUCGCUACUAUGACGAGAUGGAUCGUAUCCUCCGCGUCCGCCACGCCCCGGCCUCCAGCGGGGAUCCAGUAGUUGCAGCAGCUUCCUGUGGGGCCCUGUCUGAUCUGCACGGGCUCCAUCUGCUCCAGCCGGAUCCAAGCUGCGCCGAGGACUGUUCCAGGGAGCUGCUGAGAGAGGAGGACUAUGAGGAGAUUGAGGAGGAAGAGGAACAGGCUGGCUCGGGGGGGCCUGAGUCGCCCCAGGACAACUUCACUGAGGAUUGUGGAGAGGGCUCUUCCUGUUAUACACAACACCCAAUCAAAGUGGAAGAUGGCUCCUGCUUCGCCAUCCCUCUGCCCCCCAACAAUGGUUAUAAAAACCUGCAUACAAAGACAAACCAACUUCAAGUACCCCAUCUUACCAAGUCUAAUAAGCACCACUGUACCGUCACACUGGACAAGAUGAUGGAGCGCUUCUUAAAGCAGAGUGUGGAUGCCGAGGAGAAGUUUUACAAGUAUGAAGAGCAGCGGCUGCAAAUAGAGGAUAAGCGCAGGGAUGCAGAGCACACACGUGAGAUGCAAAUGCUGCAGAUGUUGGGACAAAUGCUCAAUGGCUUAUCUUCCACCUCCCAGAUGACUGCGCCAAGCCAUUCAAGCCCCUCACACAAAGCAAACUUCAGAAACUAUCCCGAUUCACUGCAUUUAAAUCCUUCUACUUUCUCUCCCCCUAUAGUUCUAGAGAGGCCCUUCUCUCUGCGUCCCACACGCCCUGCAAAGGACAUGGAGAAUAUAUUCCAGCUGGUACGAAAUGUCAUCCCUCCACUGACAUCCAAAAAACACAAAGGACAAGAUGGGAAGAUCGGCAUAAUUGGAGGCUGCAAAGAGUAUACUGGAGCUCCAUACUUUGCAGCCAUUACAGCCCUUAAAGUGGGUGCAGAUUUAUCCCAGGUGUUUUGUACCAAAGAUGCAGCAACUGUGAUAAAAUCAUACAGUCCGGAGCUGAUCGUUCACCCAGUUCUUGACCAUCCCAAUGCAGUAUCUGAGGUAGACAAAUGGCUUCCACGGCUACAUACAUUAGUCAUAGGACCAGGAAUGGGUCGAGAAGAUGCUAUACUGGAUAACACUAAGGGGAUUAUUGAGAAAGCUAAAUCCAAAGGGCUUCCUAUUGUGAUUGAUGCAGAUGGACUGUGGCUCAUUGCACAGCAACCGGCAAUUAUACAAGGUUACCAGCGAGCAGUUCUCACCCCAAAUUUUAUAGAGUUCAGUAGGCUGUAUGAAGCUAUGCUUUCAGAACCUGUGGAAACCAGUGACCAUCAUGGAAGUGUUUUAAGACUCAGCCAAGCAAUGGGGAAUAUAACGAUCAUUCAGAAAGGAGAACGUGAUCUUAUUUCAGACGGAGACAAAGUAUUAGUGUGCAGUCAUGAGGGCAGCAGCCGGCGCUGUGGAGGACAGGGAGACCUAUUGGCUGGCUCAUUAGGAGUAUUGGUACACUGGGCACUUCUGGCAGGACAAGAGAAGAUUAACGGUCAAAAUCCUUUUCUGGUGGCAGCCUUUGGAGCAUGCUCACUCACACGACAAUGCAACCACCAAGCUUUUCAGAAAUAUGGCCGUUCAAUGACCACAAGUGACAUGAUUUCAGAAGUUUGGACUGCUUUUAACAAACUCUUUGAAACCUGAUACUACUGAAGCAGCUUCUUGGGAAUGAGUGACUGUGCUGUGACAACUCACACUAGAAUGCACAUGAAGCACCUUCACGGGUGUUGUAGCAGCAUGUGCAACAUGCUUUGAGGUUUUUUUUUUCUUAUUAGAGAAGAAAUCAUAAUAUUGUAGAUAUACUUUUUUUUAAAAAAAAAAAUCUAGAAAUAUCUUUGCAAAGUGGAAAGAUGACUGCAAGUGCAAUAAAAAUGAAAAUGAAGCGUGGAAGUGGAUUUGAUACAGAUAUUUUGUGUAGGGUAAGACAGGGAUCAUCUAGUAACGCAUCUAGUAAAGCACUUGUUUUUAAGGCCUCUACCAAGGUGGCCAGUUAGGAAUGUUCUGAUUUUGGACACUCAGGUCAUACAGAUAACAAUCUGUACUCAUGUUCAUGACUUUUUCCUCUGUUCUUCUUUUCAGCCGUUUAACUUGCACUGUAAACUGUUCAGUGUUUAAAUGCUGCUGAUUGUAUAUCAUUAUUACCUUGCAACUAAUGCAAUAAAACAGAGCACUAAUACUGAAAUUCAAGAGAUUCCAUUAACUAGCAAAGGAAAGCAUAAUGCAGUGAUAGAGGGGCUUGAACUUACAGUUUUAAUAAAGUCUUAUUUGCUCUCUUGUAAA